AUGGACGUUCACGUGUCCAGGAACGACACAAACACGCAAGUUGAGGCCGACUAUGAUCUGGCGUUUCUUCUAUUCAACUGCACGGUUUUGUUUCUGACGCUCGUCCUCGGUUUGCCCGGUAACGUGUGGGUGUGUUGGGUUGUGUUUCGAACCAAGAGUCUCCAGACGAGCAACAACGCGCUUUUGGUCAGCUUGGCCGCCAGCGAUCUCCUCAAGUGCUCCGUGGACACGCCGCUCCUGCUCGCCUCCUUACUGUGCUCUGGCGAGGGCAGCCGAGUGCCGGUGGCCGUGUGCGCCCUGCAGCAGUUCACCUGGGCUCUGUGUAGCUGCGUGCAGCUGCUCACUCUGGUCAGCAUCAGUGUGGAACGCUUCCAAGCGAUCGCGUUCCCUUUCCAAACUGAGCGCAGGAAGGCCAGAGUUCGCUCCUGGAUCCUGUCCAUCUGGGCGUGCGGCCUCAUCCUGGCAGUGGUCUGCCUGACACUCUCUAAACAGUCUCUCUUCUACGCACUCUGUCGGCCGGUUAACGCCCACGGCGACCUUCGUCCUCGCUACUCCGAUCCCUUCGGACCUUACGUGUUGGCUCCUCUGUGGGGAUUGUCUCUGACCGUCAUCGUCAUUCACUACGGGAGAAUCAUCAAAAUUGUGAGGCAGCAACGGAAGAAAGUGUUCAGUCGUGGGAUUCGAGUGAUGCCAACAGUGUCGGCGCACGUCUGGAGCUGGAUGAGCGACCCGACUUCAGGAAAACGGUCAGCCCCGCCUGCCUACUGCAAGCCUCUGGGCGCACGGCGGCUGACGCAGCAGGUGGCCAGUGAGCCCUGCUCGGGCACUUCGCCCGGAGGAGCCCGGGCUAUACAUCCAGAGAUAGUUGGAGCAGUGUGCCUUCUGACGCCUGGAGCCAGAGAGAGGGGGAAGAAACAGGUGGAGGGCAAACUGGCCAAACGCUUUGGCUACAUUAUCAUCGCUUUCACGCUUUUUUGGCUUCCCAUGGUGGUUAUUUUGCUCAUGAACAACUUCAUCACAUGGCCAGAAACUGACAAAUUGCUGUUGGAGCUGGAGACGUCCGCCAUGGUGCUCACCUGUGUGCAAGCUGCAGUGGAUCCACUCAUCUACACUUUAGUCACCAGACAGUUCCGCUAUGAACUCAGCAAGAUUUUCACGUCUUUCCCAAAGUGUCCACUGCAACCGGGAUCCUGA